CAGCCUGCACCCUCGGGCUGCACCGGCUCCUCCAGGCAGCUCAUGGGCGCUGACCACGCUGUCUCCUCCCCGGCUCUUCACAGCAUGACAUCUGAGGGAUAUUUCCGUGGCGGACGCUAGUCUUGUUUCUACAGCGAACAUGAAUGACAUCAAGAUUGCUGUGCUGGGCAGUGAAGGUGUUGGGAAAUCAGCUCUCAUCGUCCGCUUCCUCACCAGGCGCUUCAUCGGGGAGUACGCCUCUUCCUCAGAGUGCAUAUACAGAAAGUGUCUGUCUGUGGAUGGGAGGCAGGUUCAUCUGGAGCUCUAUGACCCGUGCUCUCAGGCCUGUGAGGGUAAGUCUGCUCUAAACGACCAGAUCCACUGGGCCGAUGGUUUCAUUUUGGUCUACGACAUCAGCGACCGCUCCUCCUUCCUCACUGCCAAAGCCAUAGUGCACCUAAUCAGAGAGCUACACCUUGGAUCCGCCAAAAGGGACUCGCUCAUCUUUUUGGUGGGCAACAAACAGGACCUGUGCCACAUGAGAGAGGUGCAGCGCGAGGAGGGUCAGCGUCUGGCGGCCGAGUAUCGCUGCCAGUUCUAUGAGCUGUCGGUGGCGGAGCACUACCAGGAGGUGGCGUUCAUAUUCUCCAAGAUGGUGCAGAACGCCAGCCUGGGCGGCAAAGCCAAGGAGCGCAGGAGACGCCCCAGCGGCUCCAAGUCCAUGGCCAAGCUCAUCAACAACGUCUUCGGCAAGAGGAGGAAAUCCGUGUGAGACGAGUCAGACACCGGAACAGCUGUCAAGUCAAGGCUGGACCAAUGACGUCGGACUAUUCAUUCCUCUUGCUUGGCUCUGUAUCUUUGAUUAUGUUUGUGUUGCUGUUGAUUAGCAUUGGCCUGACAUAUAAAUGCGUAGAAAGGUGUGAUAAUGCAGUAGUACACAGUACAUACUGUCUGAGCCUACUUCCUGCUUCCAGCUGCUAACUCAUGCUUUUCCUGUCCGAGCUUAUCUAGCAGAAGUUUCACAUUCCAGCGAUGAAGUGUCACCAGUUUGCUUUGUGUCUUGAAAUGUAGUGAUUAAACAAGCUGAGUAAUCAGCAGGUAGGAGGUGGGUGGGUGUCAGGUAUGUGUUGGGUGACAUUCAGUGUGAGAGAUAUGGAAGGUGCAGUUAUUUCAAGGAGACAUAGAUCUGUCUUUCAUAUCUCACAUUCUGUUCAAAUGUGUUCUUGAGCAAAAACUACUAAAUUCUGAACAGCUUCUACAGAGCUCAUUAUUGCUUUUUCUUUUUUAAAUCAGAUUCCCCUUAUAAAGGAUUAUGAACGGUUUAUACCUAAUUUAUUAAUAAGCUUGUUAACAAUUUAUAGAUCAUUUAUAAGCUGUUAUAACACAUUAGAUAAAAAGGGCAACAGUGACCUGUUGCUUAACCAAAUAGUGAGCCCACAUUUAUUUGUACUGGUCAUAUGCUGUAAAUAAAGAUGGAUGUAGCCUCCGUGACGUCACCCACAGGUUUCUGAAAAGCAGUUUUGAAUCUCAGAGUGAGCUGCUCCACCGUCGCCAUCUUGGCAGUUACAGACUCCGCCCCUAACUUCUAGCUAAUCCAAAAAUGGGCAUACGCUCACCCGCAUGUCACUCAAAAGAGGCCACGCCCUCGAUUCUACAUAACUUCUUAAUAAAAUGUAAACAGGUGAAUUAUAUAAACAGGUGUCAUGAAGGAGGAAAUUAGCUCUAGAGACCAAAAAUGUUUUUGUACCAGGCUGUGAACAUGUUUAUUUCUGCUGUAAAGUUGGACAUUUUAACAUGGGAGUCUAUGGGGAUUGACUCACUGUUGGAGCCAGACUCUAGUGGUCAUUAGAGGAACUGCAGCUUUUGGUUCUUCAGUUUUGGCUUCAUUUUUCAGCCCAGGAGGUUUGAUUCUUGGUGCUGUUCAGCCUCAUAUCUCAUUAGUUACUGAGCUUUCUUUGUUUUCUCUAUCAUCAGCAUUUGUACCUGCUGCUUCAUCACAUGUUUGUCCAGUUACUAUCAAUGAACCACCGUCGGCAUCUUAAUGCUCAGAAAGUUUCAUCUGGCAGAUCAAAUUCUGGCAGAUCACAUGAUCAUAUCACAUGACCAGAUUCAUCCUCUGAGGCCUCGGCAGUGUUGUUGACCUCUACAUGCUCUCAGCAGCCGUCCUCAUUAUAAUCACAGCUGUUGAUCAGAUUGUUAUCACAGUGGAGAUUAACAUGGAGAUGCUUUCUGCUGGUCGCUCUCUUCUUUAGGACUUUAGCAUUCCAGCUAGAACACAGGUGGUGACCUUCCUUUACCUGGUGAACUGCUCACCCAUUCUCUCUCCCACUGUUCACAUCUCUCUGAUUCUCCCUCCAUCAUCUUCAGGUUUCUUCAUCUCGUUUUUACAAUCAUUUAUUUAUCAGUUACAAACAUUUAUAAAAGUGUAAAACACAUCAUUUAUUAAUGAGUUACUAUAAGGCUCCUUUUUCCAGUUACAAAUGGUAAUAACUCAUUAGUAAGAUUAAUGAGUAGUAAGCAUUAACUUCAUCUUGCCAAAUAGUGAGCCUGCAUCAAUGUAUGAAAACUGUGUUUAUGAUUGUUUAUGAUUUAUAAAGUGUUAACAACAGAAUUAAUAACCUAAUUAUAAACCAUUAUAAAUCCUAUAUAAGGGUUGUCUUAUUUUAAAGUGGUACCGAUUUAUUUUGCUGAUUGCUGAUAGUUUGAAUGGGGAGCCAUGUUGUUGUUGUUAUUUGGAAAACUCCACUGAGGAAAACGUGCAGGUUGGAUCGGGUCAUGUUCCAGAUUUCAGGUGGAUCUGAGCUUUAUUCACCAAAGUUGACCAGAUAAUUCAGUAAACCUGCUUCCUGGAACAAGCCCCCCCCCCCCCCUGAUGAAGGGCCCUCGGUGAUGUUGUUUGUCACAGCUCUUCCAGCAGCUGAGGUGGCGAGAAGACAAACAGUCCCAGCUGCAGUCUCCACAACAAGCUUCAGAUCAUGACCCGUGACAUACAGCGCGAUUCUUCCCAUUGAACAGCGUUGUUUAUUGUACUGACGGUGCACCAGUACAGUACAAAACAUAUGCACGCAUGUAGGUACAAUCAGAAAAGCCUGGGCUCAUAUCGUUUUAUCUACAGAGUCCACCUUGGCAUCACAUUACUAAAAGCUUUUGUAAUGAUACAAAACUAAUAUAUGGCAAACAAAUUUAAAUUUAGAUGCAUGAAACCGUCUUGAACUUGGUGUAGCAUAUCUGAAUCCCGGCUGGAUCCAGGAUUAGGUCGGGGGCUGUGUCUGCUUCAGAGGCUAGGAAUCUUUUUUGAUGUAGCGAGCAGGACGGCGGCGGACACAUGGCUCUGGUUAGGGCUUGUUGAGGACUCCACCGGGUCCACCAGCUGACGGCCUCCAGCCCAAUCCCUCUGUGUUAUGACAGUGGAUUUAAAAUCAGCAUGGUGGUGGGUGGCUUUCUAAUCCCUCCGACGUUCCCUCUCACAUUACUCCGCAGAUCAGCCUGACGGACGGCUCAGUGAAAAAAACACCUUGGGCUUCAGCUUCCCACGCACUCAUGUUGUUCUCCCGUCCCUGCGUCCAUCAGAUCUUCAUUGUGACUUAACUAACGUGAAAACAUGAGGGGGAUCUGCAAAUCCUUGAAAUAUAAUACCACCAUGUGAUGGUUGUGUCAACAUGAACAUGUCUUCAAGGAAUUUAAAAAACACAUCAGAUCAAGUCUCUGUAUUCAAACGUUUAAAAAACAAAUCAGAAAAUCUUGAAAAUGAAUUAGAAUGUACGUGCAUAUCAAUACAAGAUAAUAAAGUUGAUUAUAUGGAUCA